ACGAGUUCUCAGUCAGUGUUUAUCGUUCAUACGGAAAACAACUUACAAAUUAUAUAAUCGAUAAUAUAAUAAUAUCACAAGCGACUUACACUCAAUAUGAAUUUCUACAUGGGAAUCGCUUUGGUUUUGUCUGCUUUAUUAGCAGUUUCUGCAGGUCCUACUUCAGGAAAAAAAUCGUGCCCGGCCAAUGAAAUUUACUUUGAAUGUGGGGCGAACUGCCAAUCCGAGUGUGACACCUUGGGUGAGCCAUGCAUGAUUAAUUAUUUCCGAUGUCCAGAUGGUUGCUAUUGCAUUGAUAACUACGCAAGGUUAUCACCUGGAGGAAAAUGUGUGCCAAUAGAGAAGUGUCCAAAAAAAUUAUAAUUAUUUUGUCAAAUAUUGUAUGCGGUAAUUUAAAAAUUACUACCACGAAAAUUAAGAGCUUACGUGUUAAUUUUCAAUAAAUAUUGUCACCAUACUUACCCGUAUAUACUAUAGUCUGUAAACAUGAAUAUAACAUCAAACGUUUCAAUAAAGUUUAAUAGUUCUGUG